AAAAGCUGCCGCAAUGUGUGGUCUGGCAGGAGCCGGCCGGGCACAGGUCUUCUGUCAGGAGCUGCCGGUGCUGACGUACCAGACCACCUUCCCUGGUUUUUGAUGCUGAAUCAGGAUCGUUUUAACUAAAGAUGGAAACACUGGAGUCAGAAUUGACCUGCCCAAUCUGCCUGGAGUUAUUUGAAGACCCUCUCUUGCUGCCGUGUGCCCACAGUCUCUGCUUCAGCUGUGCCCACCGCAUCCUGGUGUCCAGCUGCUCCUCCAGCGAGUCCAUCGAGCCCAUCACUGCCUUCCAGUGCCCCACGUGUCGCUAUGUCAUCUCCCUCAACCACCGGGGCCUGGAGGGCCUCAAGAGGAAUGUGACCCUUCAAAACAUCAUCGACCGCUUCCAGAAGGCAUCCCUGAGCGGCCCCAACUCCCCCAGCGAAAGCCGCCGCGAGAGGACGUAUCGCAACAGCCCUACCAUGUCCGUGGCCGGCGAGAGGAUCGCCUGUCAGUUCUGCGAGCAGGAUCCCCCGCGGGACGCGGUGAAGACGUGCAUCACCUGCGAGGUGUCCUACUGCGACCGCUGCCUGCGGGCCACCCACCCCAACAAGAAGCCCUUCACCAGCCACCGUCUGGUGGAACCCGUGCCUGACGCGCACUUCCGAGGACUCACGUGCUUGGAGCACGAGAACGAGAAGGUGAACAUGUACUGUGUUGCUGAUGACCAGCUCAUCUGUGCCUUAUGUAAACUGGUGGGCCGCCACAGGGACCACCAAGUGGCAUCCCUCAGUGAUCGUUUUGAAAAGCUGAAGCAAACCCUGGAGACGAAUCUCACCAACCUGGUUAAACGCAACAGUGAACUGGAAAACCAGAUGGCCAAGCUGAUCCAGAUCUGCCAGCAAGUGGAGGUGAACACGGCCAUGCAUGAGGCCAAGCUGAUGGAGGAGUGUGACGAGCUCAUGGAGAUCAUCCGCCAGCGCAAGCAGGUCAUUGCUGUCAAGAUCAAGGAGACAAAGGUGAUGAAGCUGCGGAAGCUGGCCCAGCAGGUUGCUAACUGCCGGCAGUGUCUUGAGCGCUCGACGGUCCUCAUCAACCAGGCAGAGCACAUCCUGAAGGAGAACGACCACGCACGGUUCCUGCAGACAGCCAGGAACGUGGCCGAGAGGGUCGCCAUGGCAACUGCAUCCUCUCAAGUUCUGAUACCAGAUAUCAAUUUUAACGAUGCCUUUGAAAACUUUGCUUUAGAUUUUUCCAGAGAAAAGAAGCUGCUGGAGGGGCUGGAUUAUCUAACUGCGCCGAACCCGCCGUCUGUCCGAGAGGAGCUUUGCACAGCCUCCCACGACACGAUCACUGUCCACUGGAUCUCAGAGGACGAGUUCAGCGUCAGCUCCUACGAGCUGCAGUACACCAUCUUCACCGGCCAAGCCAACUUCAUCAGUCUCUACAACUCCAUGGACAGCUGGAUGAUUGUCCCCAACAUCAAGCAGAACCACUACACCGUCCACGGGCUCCAGAGUGGCACCCGCUACAUCUUCCUCGUCAAGGCCAUAAACCAGGCGGGCAGCCGGAACAGUGAACCCGCCAGGCUCAAGACAAACAGUCAGCCUUUUAAGCUGGACCCCAAGAUGGCUCACAAGAAGUUGAAGAUCUCCAAUGACGGGCUGCAGAUGGAGAAGGACGAGAGCUCCUUGAAGAAGAGCCACACGCCUGAGAGGUUCAGUGGGACAGGAUGCUACGGUGCGGCAGGCAACGUCUUCAUUGACAGCGGCUGCCACUACUGGGAGGUGGUGGUGGGAUCCUCGACCUGGUACGCCAUCGGUGUGGCUUACAAGUCGGCCCCUAAAAACGAGUGGAUCGGGAAGAACUCCUCGUCUUGGGUCUUCUCCCGCUGCAACAACAACUUUGUGGUGAGGCACAACAACAAGGAGAUGCUGGUCGAGGUCCACCCGCAGAUGAAGCGCCUCGGUGUCCUCCUGGAUUAUGACAACAACGCGCUCUCCUUCUACGACCCAGCCAACUCCCUCCACCUCCACACGUUUGAAGUCUCCUUCAUUCUACCGGUGUGUCCGACCUUCACCAUCUGGAACAAAUCCUUGAUGAUCCUCUCGGGUCUGCCUGCCCCGGACUUCAUAGAUUACCCAGAGCAGCAGGAGUGUAACUGCAGGCCCCAGGAGUCCCCGUACGUAUCAGGGAUGAAAGCCUGUCACUAGGCUGCCCUAGCCCUGCCCGUGCCCUGUGGUGGCACCAGCAAUGCUGGUGGGUGCCAGCGGCCGGAGUCGGCGUGCCAGAGAGCCACCGUGCAGCCGUAACGCUCCAGCAAGUGAGCACCUUCCCACACACAGCUCAAUAUUUUUUUUUAAGGGGAAAAGAGGAAGAAUCUCUAACCACAGCUGAAAAUAAACUCCUGUUGGCGAGCUCCGCUUGUGUGCGAGUGCGGCUUGUGCAACUCCUUGGUGGUGUGCUCCGAUCUCUCCCGAAGCGGAUUGUCACCUGGAUGGUUUUCUUUUCCCCUGGGGGCUGAAAAGGCUGGGGUGGGUUUUCAGGUGACCUUUUGAGGCACUGCUGUGCUCAGGGGGAUGUCCCGUGUGUCUUUGCAAAGCACAUGUUGGAAAAGUAGGGAUUGGCUUUCUGGAGAGCAUUGGUAGCUUGUCUUGAGAGCUGGGUGGGACCCGGGCAGAUUUUUCCAGGGAGGACUUUCUGUUUGGCUGAAGUUCGGCAGCUUCUCUGGUGUGGUAGAUAAUUGCAUGGACCCCUCACACUUGGUGAGUGCUGGCGUUGGUUGAGUGGUGGAUGUUGGUUAUGUGGUGGAUGGUCCAUGAGAGCAAAGGCAGCUCUGGGAAGGACGGUCCUGCUGCCUCUCCUGGCCACAUGCAUGCUGCUGCUGGCCAUGUUCUCUGUGCUUGACUGGGCUUGGAGUCCCACAGUGGAGGGCAGCCAGCUGCAGACCCCACCCCAGUGUGUCUCCUCCUUUGGGAGCCCACUAGGAGUCAGGGAGGCCCCCACCCUUAAGGAGCAAGCCGAGGAGCGUCUCGCCCCGGCAUAGAGGUUUGGCAGAUUCCAGGUCCAGCCAGCUCUGCCCCACCACGUGCAGCUCCACGUAGACCUCCAUUAGUUUCAUGUCCCUGCAGAAAAGACACAUCUCCCUAUGCUGAGCAGAUGGUCAAGUCCUGCCCUAGGACCAAUUUAUGACCCCAAGUCUUGGCUCUUAGUUUAUUAUCCACCAUGUUGGAGUGAGUUUGCUCUGUGGCAAAGGACUGAAUCUGUCCCAGGGGCUCCAGCCCCCGGUUACUGGGAGCUCUUUGGCUGCCACCAGUGCUCCCAGUAACCAUAAGUGCUGAGUCCCCUGGCCAAGAUUCAGUUUUCACAUUUCCUUAAAAGCCAGGAGGAGCUGGGCCAGCCACACCAGUCCCUAUGUUUCAGGGAGCAAAGACCCAGUGCAGGCACCUGCAGCCAGAGUCCAUGGCACGACUCGGGGCAGGUGGGCAUGUGGAUGGCCACGUCACACCUGCAGCAGGCAGCAUGGUGUGGUGGGGAUGCUGGGGAAGCCAGGAGGUCAGGCAGCACCAUGGCCCAAGGCGGGCUGGUGCUUGAGCUUUGGUCUGUGGUGUUUGAAAACCCCUUUUUCCCCUCUGGAUGUGGUGCUGUCAGAUGCCUCGGUGGCAUGUCAUGGGGACCGUCAGGCUGAGACUUUCUAGCUCUGCCAGCCUUUUUCCUUUAUUUUUUUGGACCUUGCUGAUAGGGAACUACCUCAAAGCCCAGCCUUAGAGGGGUAGGUGGCCAGUUCAGACAGGGUAACAGCACUUGGAGGCUGGAGCCAGUUGGCUGUGUCCAGAAGUGGGUGCUCCCCGCCAGCGACCUGGCCUGAGAGACACUUGUCAUUAAGUCUGGUGAUGGCAGUUGCAAGGCCGAUAGCUUUGUCAAGGUAGAGUGGGUAUAAAAAGAGCCUGUUUUUCAGCACAGCAUCCCUCUGCUUUAUCUGGCUGACAUGUUUGGUGAGUGGCUACCUGACGCUGUGGGAAAGGAGGUGGGUGUCACCUUAGGGGAAGGGAUCUGCCACCUGCACUGCCAAACCAAGGGUGACCUUUGCCUCUGAUCCAGGCUGCUUUCACGUGGUGCAUGGCAGUGGGUGGUGCAUCCCUCCUGAGCGGUUUUAUUUACUAAUUCUGGUCCCAGCGUGUGAAAGUGCUGGGUGGGGAUGCAGCAGGGUCACAUCUGCCAUUCCCCACAGCUAAGUACACAAACACCGUUAAUUUUAAGAGGAUAAGUUGCCAUUUUCAGUUGGAUGUUUUUUCAAAGCCGCAUGGGGCUAUCAUGAAAGUCCUUUCCCUGUGUUCUGGUCCCAUCGGGGGCCGCUCAUAAUGUGUCAACCUCAAACAAACGCCCAAGCACUGGAGCUGGAUUUUAGCAUUUGCAAUCCAGGUGCCAAGCUUUCCGCUGGCACCAGCACCGCUUUGACUGGCUUAUUGCUAGAGGACUCAGCGCAUCCAUUAACUCAGAGCACACGAGCCAUUAAUGUGACAUUUGCACCUGAUGAAAUUGCACUAAUCGCGGUGGGAUGCCCCUACCCCGCCGCACACGUCUCUCUCAUACCCAGGCAGGAGGACGAAGCGGGGAGCUGGCGUGGCUGCGUGCCCAGGGGAGCCCCGCACCCCGAGCAGGCAGUGCUGGGGGUGGGAGCCCUUUCCGAGUCACCCGCACCUGCCUCUCCUGGGUUUGGAAAGGCAAAACCCACCCGGGUGUCACCAGGAGGGUGGGGGGAUCAGCCCCAUCCCCGGUCCCUGCUCUGUACAUGAUGCUCCGCUGCUGCUUGGCGGCCUUUGCCCCCAGCCCGUGAGCGAGCGAUCCCAUUGGUUAAAACCGCCUGGUGUAUGAUGACGCAGCAGCAGUUGCAGCCAAUCCGAGCCUCGGCGCGCUCGGCGGCCCGGGGUUAUGAAUGAACACAAUUCCCACGGCCCUGCGGGGGGCAGGACGCGGGUGGAGGGGCCGUGGGGAGGUCCGGCGCUUCCCGCGGGGCUGGGUGCUGCUGCUGGCUCCUCUGCUCCUGGUGACUCCGUUGUAUAGACUUGGGAUGUGGUGAACUCCUGGUUACCGUGCGACCCGUCAGCCUCUCCUCUUCCAUAUGUAACAUACUUGUUUCGGUUUUGUUUUGGGGGAGGGUUGUUCUUCCUGUUAUGAUUUUCCCUUUUUUGUUGGGGUUUUUUUUGCAACUUCUUUGUU